UUUUUUUUCUCCUUGGAAAACCUGUUCGGUUAUUCCCAGAUUUAGUUUUAGACUCUUUGCUUUGCUUCCAAGGGAGAUGUGUAGCACAGCAAAACCUAAGCAACAAACACUUUCUAAAAUGCGCAGUUCACAAUCUUGAGGAGGGUGGCUGUGAAAGACAGAUACUGAAUCAGACUUAGAGUCUGAGUUGGGGGGAGGGAAAAAAAAGCCCCAAACGUUGCAUGAUAGUCUCUAAGCAGUUCCAUCUGUCAGGCAGAAAUUUUAGGCUAAUAGCCUGUGGCGAUCUCCCUCCGCAGUCCACUACCUGCCUUUGUCCUAUUAAAUCUCUUUAUUCUCCUUAAAAAAAAAAAAAGCAAGGGGGGGGGGGGUUGUUGGAAGGAAAGGAAAAACCUUGCAGACCAAAAUCAUCUGAGUGAUGAAGCCCUAAUUUUAACCACCUCCCUUUGAUGUGUAGCAGUGGGCUCUUGUUUUAAAGAGAGAGAAGGGAAGACAGUUCUAGCAGCAGACUCCUCAUCUCCACUUCACCUUGCCACUGGGUCUGGGAGAGAUUGGUUCAUUGUCAAGGAGAUUUUUUUUUUACCCAUGAUUCCAUAUGGUAUGGACCGGACUACAUGUUGCCCCACAUGCCACUGCAAAUGUUUUCUCAAUUAGGUGUCUUAUCUCCCGUGAGUUAGCAUCAGAUGAAGCUUGCUGACAGCGUAAUGGCAGGGAAAGCUUCCGACGGCUCCAUCAAAUGGCAGCUUUGCUACGACAUCUCGGCCAGAACUUGGUGGAUGGAUGAGUUUCAUCCUUUCAUUGAAGCACUUCUGCCCCAUGUCCGCGCCUUCGCCUACACAUGGUUCAACCUGCAGGCCCGAAAGCGGAAAUACUUCAAAAAACAUGAGAAGCGCAUGUCGAAAGAAGAGGAGAGGGCCGUGAAGGAUGAACUGCUAAGCGAGAAGCCCGAGGUCAAGCAGAAGUGGGCUUCCCGACUUCUGGCCAAGUUACGGAAAGAUAUCCGACCCGAGUACCGAGAGGAUUUUGUUCUUACAGUUACAGGGAAAAAACCUCCAUGCUGUGUUCUUUCCAACCCUGAUCAGAAAGGCAAGAUGCGGAGAAUUGACUGCCUCCGCCAGGCAGAUAAAGUAUGGAGGUUGGACCUCGUCAUGGUGAUCUUGUUCAAAGGUAUUCCGCUGGAAAGUACUGAUGGCGAGCGCCUUGUAAAGAGUCCACAGUGCUCUAAUCCAGGGCUCUGUGUCCAGCCCCAUCACAUAGGGGUUUCUGUAAAGGAACUCGAUUUAUAUUUGGCAUACUUUGUACAUGCAGCAGAUUCAAGUCAAUCUGAAAGUCCCAGCCAGCCAAGUGAAGCUGACAUUAAGGACCAGCCAGAAAAUGGACAUUUGGGCUUCCAGGACAGCUUUGUCACAUCAGGUGUUUUCAGUGUGACUGAGCUAGUAAGAGUGUCACAAACACCAAUAGCUGCAGGAACCGGCCCCAAUUUUUCUCUCUCUGAUUUGGAAAGUUCUUCAUACUACAGCAUGAGUCCAGGAGCAAUGAGGAGGUCUCUGCCCAGCACAUCCUCUACCAGCUCUACAAAGCGCCUCAAGUCUGUGGAGGAUGAAAUGGACAGUCCUGGUGAAGAACCAUUUUACACAGGCCAAGGGCGCUCCCCAGGGAGUGGCAGCCAGUCCAGUGGAUGGCAUGAAGUAGAGCCAGGCUUGCCAUCUCCAAGCACACUGAAGAAGUCUGAGAAGUCUGGUUUCAGCAGCCCCUCCCCUUCGCAGACCUCCUCCCUGGGAACAGCAUUCACACAGCAUCACCGACCUGUCAUUACAGGACCCAGAGCAAGUCCACAUGCGACGCCAUCGACUCUCCACUUUCCAACGUCACCCAUCAUCCAGCAGCCUGGGCCUUACUUCUCACACCCAGCCAUCCGUUACCACCCUCAGGAGACGCUGAAAGAGUUUGUCCAACUUGUCUGUCCUGAUGCUGGUCAGCAAGCUGGACAGGUGGGGUUCCUCAAUCCCAAUGGAAGCAGUCAAGGCAAGGUGCACAACCCAUUCCUCCCCACCCCAAUGUUGCCGCCGCCGCCACCACCACCGAUGGCCAGGCCUGUGCCUCUGCCCAUGCCAGACACCAAGCCUCCAACCACAUCAACAGAAGGAGGUGCAGCCUCCCCCACCUCACCGAUCCUGGUACCUGGGAUAAAAGUUGCAGCAUCCCACCAUCCUCCAGACAGACCACCUGACCCCUUCUCAACUCUGUAACAUGGACGCAACCUCAACCCGGCGCAGUUACAACUUCACUGUCAGUGGAAGGGGAGCGAAACCAACUCGAAUCAACUUAUACAUGGAAACAGCAAACAUCGUGGUCAAACAGCAAAGGCCAUAACUUUUUGGGAUUCUUUUUUUUUUCUUUUUUUCUUUUUUUCUUUUUUUUUUUCUUUUUUAAUACUUUAGGGACUGUCGUAAUUUCUCAUGGUGCUGGAAAUGGUUGGGCUGUGUGACAUUUGAAGUGUUUCAGUGGUGGCGUGAGCAGUAGGUGAAGUGGUUGGUGAAGGAUGAGCCUCGCUCGUGAACUUCCUGUGGUAACACUUGGGAGCCUGGCCUUUUCCCAGUAUUUCCUGAAUUUGCCCGUGCAGGUGUGUGACCCUCCCUGAGCAUCUGGAGACACCUGGAGCAUGAAACCUUCUGUAAUCGCUGAGAUCUGUAACUUACAGGACACUCAAAGGGCAAUGGUUUUUUUUGGGGGGGGGGUUGUUUUUUUGGUUUUUUUUUUUCUGUAACAUAUUAGGGAAAAAAUGCAGUUAAGUUGAUCUUUCUUUUAAUUUGGUUUGGUUCAGCAGUCAGCAGUUACAUACAUAACACAACCCGCAAGGACAGUGAAUCCGCUCCUGUUGCAGAGCAAUUUCCAAAAAGACGGCAAAGACUACUACUAUCAGUUUGGUUGGGUUUUUGUUUUUUUGUUUUUUUUUUUUUUGUUUUUUUUUGUUUUUUUUGUUCUUAAGUUUUGAAAUGCUGCACUUACAUUUAAAAAAAAACAUUUUUCAACAAUUUCAACAAUGACACAAAAAUUCACAUGGAAAUGGGGAAGAUGGUCUGUUUUGACAGAAACUGACAGGAAUCAAAACAAUCGAAUUUUGAAUUGAGUGAAGUGCAAUUUCAUUGGAUAGCUAAGUAUCUUUGUAAGAUAGAGAUUGUUGAAAAUUCUAUUUUUGUUUUUCAAGUCCUCCCACCCCAGGACUCUAAAUUAUUGGGGUAAAAAACAGCCUUGCAAGAAAAAGGGGAGCUAUUUUUGCUUUUUAUGUUUUUUAUUGUUAAACUUGUAUCCCUUUAAAAAAAAACCGAAGGAAAAUUUAAAAAAACAAAAAAAAUACAAAAAAAAAAUACAAAUCUAAUGGUGCUUUUACCACAAUAUGUUAACUACAUUAAAUGCUAAUUAAUUAUUUUCUGUUAUCAAAGCACAUAACUCAAAUGAAAUCAUGGUAUCUGUUAAUUUUAUAAGCUAGAAAUCACUAUAAUGAAUUAUGCCAAUUCUGAAAAAUUUUACACAUGUAUGGCAACACCUGAUCUAUCGGUUAUCCAACGCUUCAUUGUACCAGACAUUGUCCAGAAGUUUCAAAGACCCUUUGCAAACCCUGAACUGGGCUACGGGAAAAUAACACGAAUACUGAUAAGGACACAACUAUGUGUGCCCAUUCAGAUCAAAGUACUUGUUAGGGAAAAAAAAAAAGUUCACACCCUCCCCGCCCCCCCCCCCCAGAUGUCUUGUAUCUUAUGUUUAAGGGAAAAAAAAGACAAAAAAAAAAAGACAAAAAAAAUCAAAAAAGGAAAAAAAAGCAGAAACAAAUAAACAAACAAACAAAAAAAAUGCAAGUGAUUUUUCUACCAGACAGCGAAGCACCCUUGCUUCCCAUGCAAUGUCACGGUUUCCUAUACUAUACAUAUAUAUGUGUUCUGGUCGGCAAAGCCUGCCGACCAGAGGAAGUCUCUCUGCAUGUUCUAGUGUUAGUAACUAAUUUUUAUAUAGCUAAUGUAGGAUAAAGUAGAGUGCAUUAAGACAAUAUUGUAACCCCACUCUAGGCACUUGCCUUUAAACUGUCUCAGCCCUUCAGAAGGGCUCAACUACUGUCCUAUACAAUCAAGUGACUGAAAUUCCUGGGAAGACACUUUGCUCCUCACCUAACCCCACCCCCAUCCCUAAACGAUGUUGUUUUGUUUUUAUUUUUUUCCUUAAUUUGCACGAAAACAGAAAUUCCAUAUCAAUGUGCCUUGCCCUGGAUAGUGAUUAUUUGUGGAAUUGUUGCACAUGCUCCUCAAUUGAAGGGGUUUUUUCCCUACUCAAGCAUUCGGAGACACUUUCUGUAAAUGUUAACCUUUAUGUCAGCCAUCGUCAGUUUCAACAUCUAGACCUAAAUAGAAAGUUAGCUGUUCCGCAGACAGGCGUAGUCUUGAGUGUCCUGUGUGGUCAGUGGCAGUGCUAUUCUGAGCUCUGUAGAUGCUUACAAUGUCAGUAUUUGGGAUGUCGCUGCAUUUUUUUUUUCAAUUUAUUUGGAGUCUCCCUUUAUUCCUGCCCCCGCCCCCAGAUAUAUGAAAAUAUGCAAUACCUGCUUAUAUCAUGUAGAAAAGCUUAGCAAGUAUUAAUUUUUCUUUCUUUCUUUUUUUUUUUUUUUUUUUUUUUUUUUUUGUUUGACCAAAGUCAGUGCUGCACAUGACGCAGUGGGUUUUAGGUGUCUCUCUUUGUGUUUUCUGUGGUUUGUGAUGCACGUGCGCAGGAAGGGCUCCUCUUAGAGAAGCAGCCAAACUGUGAAGCACUAAGCUGACCCUGCUUCAAGCAAUUUUGUUUUUACAACUGUUCCUUUCACAAGCAAGCCUUAAAAAAAGAGAAAAAGAAAAAAAAAAGACAACUUCCUUUCUCUUCAGACCCCCACACCCACUUUUCUUAGCAGACGGCAGUCAAUCCACAUUCAAUAAAAAGUACAUAAUGCCCAUUUUUAUAUGCACGUUUUUAAACUUCCAAGUUCUGAAAAUUGUUUACUGGUUAUCUCUAUUUAAGGAAAAAAAAUAAAAUAAAACAUUUUGGAUUUUCAUAUGUGUCUGAUAAGUGGUUGUAUAGUCGUUUGGCGCUGUUGUAUGGUGUGAUUGUCAGUGUAUGGUGUCACUUCCUAUAGCCAGCAGCAGACUUUGCCUUCCCUAUAGCACUUAGCUGAGCAUUACUUUAUGAUGACAUAUGUGCACUAAAAAAAAAAAAAAAAAAAAAAAAAAAAAAAAAAAAAAGGAGAAAGAAAAAAAAAGAAAGAAAAAAUAGCAGCUUUCAGUGCUUCACAGUGAAGGGAAAAAAGCCUAGACAAACAUUUUGUCAGAACCUUGCGAAAUGCCAAGGUAUUACCAGUAAAUUGGUUGUAUAUACAAUAAAAUUGCACCCUUUUUUUAAACAAAACAAACUAAGCAAUAGUUUGGGCAGUUCUAGUUGUUUUUAGUGAGCAUGUUGUAGUCUCGACUGCAAAGAGAGAGAAUAAACUGCCCACUCAGAAGAUAUGUAAUUUGUAUCGUUGUAUAGUUUUAUUGAUUACACUGAUUUAUUCUACCCUAUUUUAUAAUGCAGGACUUUUGUAAUGUUGUCUAAAUGAGGAAACAUUUCUGUCAAAUUAGCCUAGUGAAAUCUCUGAUUGUUCAUUACAAAGGCAGCGUUCACAGCAUUGCUUCUUCUUCUUCCUUCUCCACCUCCUUGUGGGAACGGGAUUAAGUUUAAAACUUUCCCGUUUCUUUUUUGUUCGGUUGGUUUGGGUUUUUUUUUUUCUUUUUCUACUUUUAAAGUAUUUAAAUGCAAUUAUUUUUCUGCCAAUGGUAUAGCCUAUGCCUAUGCUUGAGAAGUGUAGGUCUACUGAAGAACCAUUACAAAUGGACGUCAGAGGUGUGCUGUACUUUUGAAGGUAUUUUAUUGUAUUAGGUUUAAUGAAGCUAAAAGUAGGGAACUCUCAACAGAUUUGCAGGAGGAAAAAAAAUGUUUUUAAAGGCUCUCAACCACUGUGGAGGCAGCAUAGGGUGACAGCAACCAAGGAUUAAGUAGUCAGUACACCAAGUUCUGGUCUGCUCAUGCUUCAUUGUCCAGAAAGCAGCAGGAAAUUGUAGUUCCGUUGUCAUCAAGCAGGAAGCAAAUGCAACACCGACCAAGGCAGUUUAGGUCAAGAGCUGAGCCAAGGUGCUUGAGGAAGGCUUUGCUACAGGAGUGUAGAGACAGACAGCCCCAAGAGCUGUCAGCAUUGGAAGCCAGACUUGAUUCUGAGACAUGUUGAAUUGCUUUUUCCUCUCCCAUCAAAUGGCAUUAACACAAUUGGUAAAGAUGGUCCCUCAAAUGACUCCCCCCCCCCCAUUUUUGUCUUUGGGAACUGAAGUCAGAGGCACCAAGUCUAACUCUCAGCAUUUUUCCAAUAAAUGUUCUCCCUUGGCCCCUCUCCUGGCCACCACAAAGCUCCUUUUCUAAACUGUCCUGGGCAGAAGUCUUCUCUGGUGCCCUUCUCCCAUCCUCCAGCCCUUCACUUCCCACUGAGGUUGUCUCUUUACUGCCUGGCAUGACAUCUAAAAGCUCACUGCCUAUGCAGGGCUCACUCCCCACCAUCCGGAUGGCCUCCCACAGGCCCUCCAGCCUCAAUCCUCCGUGCUUCCUUUUUUCCUUUCCCAACAGUCCAAGAGCGCAGGAUCCAACUUUCUAGUCACGCUGUUCUGUAUUCAGUCAGCCCACAAGAAUAUGCAAACUCCAUCUCAAAACUACUGUCUUUCACCUUCCCAAAUCUCUAUCCUCGUGUGCUUCAAGCUCUAUAACAACCAUAUCAUGAGGUAUUUGCAAAGGAAAACAUUUUCUCCCAUGAUUUGUUUUUUGUUGUUAUUGUUGUUGGGUUGGGGAUUUUUUUUGUUUGUUUCAUUGUUUUGGUUUUGGUUUUGAUGGGGACUGGUCUUUAAGACUGUCAUUUGAUAUUUUUUUACAUCAGAGUUUAUCCCACAGUCCCCCAUCUCUCCCUCCUCCUUCCCUCCCUGUCUCCUUCUCUCUUUCUCACUGUCUGUCUCUCUGGUUUUCUUUUGCUGCUUCUUCCCUUCUGGUUUCUGGUAGCAGGCCUCCAUUGAACUGUUGUAAAAUACAAGAAGUGUGGUCAGUAAGGAGAGUUGGGGUGGUGCCUUCCAGCCUGCCCGCCAGUCCAUCCUAGACACUCCCAGAGGCUGCUAGCUCCGCCCCUCUGGCAUGGCUUUCCUUUCCCAUCGCCUUCGGAGGCCAUUUUGUCUUGAAGUCAAUGCAUGCUCGUGCUGUUCGACAGUAACCUACUCUGCCUUCUCCACCUCCGAGGCUGUGCAUUCAUCCAAUUAGUGUCAUGAAUGUUUCCCCUUUAUUUUUCCAAUAAAAAAAAGCAGUGGGAUGAAAAUUGCUUUGAUAUAUAGCAGGUAUAUUGAAGCUAUUCCAUAGCACUUAACUGUAGUGAAUACUGUGUCACCAGUUCUGAAAUCAAUUUAAUGUUUAAUGCAAAUCCAUUACAUGGUGCUAUUACAGGCUGACAAAAUGAUUCACACGAAUGUGACAACUCGGGCUCAGUUCACUCUGCUUCCCAACAGUGUAAAUGCAUAGCAGUGUUUACCUGCAUGAGAACUAUGCACUAAUCUAUCUGAAGAAAAAAAAAAACUAUAUCAACUUUGGUAUCUACUUUCCGUUUACUUCAAUCCUUGCCUUUUUGGUCAUUGUUAUAAUGCCAGCUUUAGGACAGAAAGAAUUAUAAGAAAACCAGCAUAAUACCUGAUAUAUUAAAAUGUAGUGCCUGUGAAACCUGUAUUAUACUGCUCUUCUGAAGUAAGACUUUUCUACACCGGUAGCCUUCGCUGUCUGUCAGUCAGGACCUCUGGUAUAGGUGAUGUAAAAUAACCGUACAAUAUUAUGCAUGCUAUCCCAUAAUGCUUAGUGACUGUAUGAUAUUACUCAGAGUUCUGUUAGACUUUUUUUCUGCCUCGGUUCUUAUCGGCUAGGUUUGAGGUAUUUCACUGAGAACGUGAACUCGGUCUUCCUUCCAGCUGUCGUCAGGAUCUUGGAGGUGUACACUUACUUAAAUUCAGUAUUACUUGUGUGUGUUUUCAUUUUUUUGUUGUUGUUUUUUGUUUUUGUUUUGUUUUGUUUUUUGUUUUGUUUUGUUUUCUUUUGUUUCUCCUAAGGGACAAGCAUGGGUGUUUGAUUUCAGAAAUCAGUAUCUGGUGAGAUUUUUGUCUCAAAACUACCAUUUGAAUUUCAAGAACUCUGCUGCAAAACCACUCUGAGAAUGUUUCCAAGUGAGAGUCACUUUCUUGACCCUCAAGAGAAGCUAGACGACACAGAAGAACCUUAAUGGACAGUGUACCCAUGCUUGAUCUGUCUCACACCAGACUUCCUUGUAGUAAAAAGAAAAACAAAACAAAACAAAAGAACUUUAAGAAAUCACUUAGCUGUUUAGUUACAUGCACAGAUGCAAUAUUUUCUUCAAAAAUAUAACUCUGUACAAACUUUGGGCCCGAUUCAUAAGAAAGAAGUUUGCUAUUAACACGGGAUUUUAAAAAAUAUGCUCUCUCUCUCUCUGCUCUCUCUCUCUCUCUAAAUUUGGAUAUAUUUUCUUCCCAAAUUGAAUAUUUCCUUUGUUUAACUCCCCCCCCCCCCAAUAGCACCCAUUUGCCUCUCAUUCUCCCAAGGGUUGCAUUAAGGAAGUUGGAGGGAUGCUAUAUGGGGACUGGAUCCCAGUAAGGCUCACAAGGCUAAGGGGAACUUAAGUAUGGGAUACAGCACAUGGAUGCACCCCUCUGUGUGUCAGGCAUCCUCCAUGUGGACUCACUGUGCUGUUGGGACUGAAACACUAACUUUGUAAAAUGUGUCUGGACCACAAGAGGAUACAGGAGAAGUGCUACCUCUGAUCUAACUAGAGCAAGCUCAUGGCAGAAAAUAUCACAAACUUUAAAAUGUGAAGAUUCCUGUCUCUCCCGUGGUUUUAAAGGCAAGUGGUGUCCAAGAAACAGAGCAUCCUUCCUGCCGUUCAACGCUCAGCUUUUCCGAAAACCUAAAGCUUGUGUUCUCUUUGCUUUGACUGCAAAUUGUACUGCUCUUGUUUUUUUAAUUUUUUUCUUGGUCAUGGUCUGUAAAUUUGCUUUUUUUCUUUCUUUCUUUUUUAACCUGUUAUUGUCCACUAAAGGUCUUAGAUGUCUGGCCAUGUGAGAAUGCAGUAAGGGGGCUGCCAGCUCUCUUCUCCCUCAGACCAUUGUCUCCCCGCUGAACUCGGCUGCCUUGCCACCGAGGUGCCAGCCAGGCUAGAGGAGUGCCAGCAGGUCCCAGUAGGUCCUUAGGAAGGCUGUCAAGGCCCAGUCCAUGGUUCCUUCUCUGCUUCUCCUACAUACCUUUCCCAUCACACAUGAAAAAAGAAAAAAACAAAUCUGCUCAGAGUGCCUCUGGUUUCUUUUCAAAUUGUGGGGGGAAGGAUUAAAAACUUCAAAUGAUGGAAAAAGAGAUCUCUUGUGAAACGAAACGCCCCGUGUUAAUAACUUGGUCUGAAAUUGUUUUUAUGAGCCGGGCCCCCUGUGCCUCUAGCAUAUGUGUAUUGACUCUCAUAGUUACCCUUUUCGUUUACUGUGUUCUGUGAAAACUUGUAAUUGGUUGAGAAUCACUGUGGGCGUCCAUUCUUAUCAACUAAAUCUCCACAGGGUUUUUGUGCUGGUGUGGAUUAGUUUAACUCUUGUAUUCAACCGUUAGUGCUACCACCUUCUCACAUUACAAUACAAUUACUGGAAGCAAGUACUGCAUUUCCUAUGCAACAAAAAAAGGAAAAAUAAAAAAAAAAUUGCUAAUGCUA